GAGAGAGAGAGAGAGAGAGAGAGAGAGAGAGAGAGAGAGAGAGAGAGACUAGCCGUCUGAGAUAUGUCAGUCCUCAGAGGUGCACGCAAACCUGAAAAACUGGACGGUAUUUGGACAUCACGGUCGUACUGAAAGAGACCGGAAAAACGCGGCUAAAAGGUCGUCCCCUUUCUCCCGUUCUGUGCGAAGCAGAAGAUAAUUCACCAGUGAAGAUGGGCAACCGGGGAAUGGAGGAUUUGAUUCCUCUGGUAAACAAACUACAGGAUGCCUUCUCGGCAAUCGGACAAAAUGCCAACCUGGACCUUCCUCAGAUCGCAGUUGUUGGUGGGCAAAGUGCUGGAAAAAGCUCGGUACUGGAGAACUUCGUAGGGAAGGAUUUUCUCCCCCGUGGUUCUGGCAUUGUCACUCGGCGCCCCCUGGUGUUGCAGCUUAUUAACUGUCCUACAGAGUAUGCUGAGUUCUUGCACUGCAAAGGGAAAAAGUUCACUGAUUUUGAUGAGGUGCGUCAGGAGAUCGAGGCCGAGACUGACCGUGUUACCGGACAGAACAAGGGCAUCUCUCCAGUACCCAUUAACCUGAGAGUCUACUCCCCUAAUGUUUUGAAUCUCACUCUGGUGGAUUUGCCUGGGAUGACCAAGGUACCAGUGGGUGACCAGCCAGCCGAUAUCGAGUCCCAGAUCAGGGAUAUGAUCAUGCAGUUCGUUACCAAGGAGAACUGCCUCCUUCUGGCUGUCUCCCCUGCCAACUCAGACCUCGCCAACUCAGACGCUCUUAAGAUUGCCAAGGAAGUGGACAUUCAAGGCCUGAGAACCAUCGGUGUGAUCACUAAACUGGACCUUAUGGAUGAGGGUACGGAUGCUCGAGACAUUUUGGAGAACAAGCUUCUGCCCUUGCGCAGAGGCUACAUUGGGGUAGUGAACCGCAGUCAGAAGGAUAUUGAUGGAAAGAAAGACAUCUGUGCUGCAAUGGCAGCGGAGAGGAAGUUCUUCCUCAGCCACCCAGCCUAUCGGCACCUGGCUGACCGUAUGGGUACCCCUUACCUGCAGAAAGUCCUCAAUCAGCAACUGACCAAUCAUAUUCGAGACACGCUGCCUGGGCUGAGGAACAAGCUACAAAGCCAGCUGCUUUCCAUUGAGAAGGAGGUGGAAGGGUACAAGAACUUCCGCCCGGACGACCCUUCCCGCAAGACCAAGGCUCUGUUGCAGAUGGUCCAGCAGUUUGCUGUGGACUUUGAGAAGUGCAUCGAGGGCUCUGGUGAUCAGAUCGACACCUAUGAGCUCUCCGGAGGAGCCCGGAUCAAUCGGAUCUUUCAUGAACGCUUCCCUUUUGAACUUGUCAAGAUGGAGUUUGAUGAGAAAGAGUUGCGGAAGGAGAUCAGCUACGCUAUUAAGAAUAUCCAUGGUAUCAGGACUGGUCUCUUUACCCCAGACAUGGCUUUCGAGACGAUUGUGAAGAGACAGAUUGCUAAGAUCAAAGAGCCAUGUCAGAAAUGCGUGGACCUUGUCAUCUCUGAGCUGGUCAAUACAGUCCGGCAGUGCACUAAGAAGCUUGCGCAGUACCCAAUGCUGAGAGAAGAGAUGGAGAGGAUUGUUACACAGCACAUUCGCGACAGAGAGAGUCGCACCAAAGACCAGGUAAUGCUUCUCAUUGACAUUGAGCUGGCCUACAUGAACACCAACCAUGAGGAUUUCAUCGGCUUCGCUAAUGCCCAGCAGAGAAGCAGUCAGAUGAGUAAGAAGAAGGCAGCAGGGAACCAGGAUGAGAUAAUGGUGAUUAGGAAGGGCUGGCUAACCAUCAACAACAUUGGCAUAAUGAAGGGGGGAGCAAAGGAGUACUGGUUCGUGCUGACCGCUGAGACCCUGUCCUGGUACAAAGAUGAUGAGGAGAAAGAGAAGAAAUACAUGCUUCCCGUAGACAACCUGAAGCUCAGAGACAUCGAGAAGAGCUUCAUGUCCAGCAAGCACAUCUUUGCCCUCUUCAACACCGAACAAAGGAACGUGUACAAGGACUACAGGCAGCUAGAGCUUGCCUGUGAGACACAGGAAGAAGUGGACAGCUGGAAGGCCUCCUUCCUGCGUGCCGGUGUUUACCCAGAACGCAUCGUGGACAAAGAGAAGAGCGAGGCAAGUGAGGAUAACAGUUCGGACAACCUCAUGCACUCCAUGGAUCCCCAGCUGGAGAGGCAGGUGGAGACCAUUCGCAAUUUAGUGGACUCCUACAUGGCCAUCGUCAACAAGACCAUUCGCGAUCUCAUGCCCAAGACCAUCAUGCACCUCAUGAUCAACAACACUAAGGAGUUCAUCCACGCGGAGCUCCUGGCGCAGCUGUACUCCUGCGGUGACCAGAACACACUGAUGGAGGAGUCGGCCGAGCAGGCUCAGCACCGCGACGAGAUGCUGCGCAUGUACCACGCGCUCAAGGAGGCGCUCAGCAUCAUCGGAGACAUCAGCACCACCACGGUCUCCACCUCCCUGCCCCCGCCCGUCGACGAUUCCUGGCUGCAGGUGCAGGGAGGACCGUCUGGACGCAGGUCUCCAAUGUCUAGCCCCACGCCUCAGCGUCGGGCUCCGCCUGGGCCACCCCGUCCUGGUGGUCGUACUGCCCCAGGACCCCCUGCAGCCGGAGCUCCACCUGUCCCCUCCAGACCUGGAGCCUCUCCAGACCCCCACAGUGGCGCACCACCACAGGUCCCAUCUCGCCCCAACCGCGCUCCACCGGGGGUACCCAGCUGUACGGAUCACUCAGGUUCCUUAAGGACAUGGCCCUAACUCAUGAGUCAUCCCUCAAACACAUCAGCUGCAGUCGCUCAUGCUUCGAACGGUCCACCCCUUCUCAGUGAUGUCAUUCCUGCUGUACACCCCAUUUUAGGACAAAUCAUGUUCAGUCAUUGAUAAGUCAUUGAUCAGUCACUAAUAUUGGCUUUGUGAGAUCAUGCUCUGAUAGCGCACGUAGUCGAAAAAGUAAAUGAAAAAUGUAAAAAGAAGUGCUAGAAUGUAAUAAAGAACGGUAAGAGACAGAGAGGCAUGUUUAAAAGGAAAGCUGUUCGUGUUUUUCCCUUUGAUCGGUCCAUCUCUGUCUCACCCCAAUCUUAGUCCUGCUAAACUCCUCCCACAAUGACUCCGGUUAUUCUUUCAGAAUUUCUAUCAGUGACCAAUGAGGAGGUCCACAAAUGGUAUGUCUGAUGCAUAUUGUUCCAGUGUAACAUGAACAUCCCUGUGCAUGGUUUCAUCUCUAACCAUCCCCCACUACAUCUCUUAUCUGUCUGGCACAAUAAAAUGUUUGCAGACUACAGUAGUAAACAUUUUCUGUCAAUUCCAUAGAUGGAAGUGACAAGCUUUAUUCAGCUUCACCGUUUUACUGGGUGUCUUUGAAUACUUUAAUUGUGACACAUUUGAAGAAAGAAGUUUAUAGUUAUAUUGUGUAGACUAUAUUAUUAUUAUGCAGAAAUACAGACCUGUGUAUCUGAGCAUAUUAGUUGGUAACUUUACAUAUUUUGAAGCUACCAUAGAUGAGGCAUUUGGAACAGUUCAAGAUUUUACAUGCAAAUUUAUAUACAAACCUUUAAGUCCUUUAAAGAUAUGUUUAUAUACAAACUUAUGGCAAGUUUCAAUGGCAAAUGUUCUUUAAAAAAUUGGAAAUGCAUAUUUAAUUUUAAGACAAAAAUGCUUCUUAUUAGUAGAAUACAAUAGCAAGGCUGAAGUAAAUAACAGUUUAAAGCUUGUACCCAACUAAUAAUACUUAUAACAUUUGAACUCUGGAAUUACCUGCCCUCUAGUGGUGAACUUUUGUAGCGCAUAGACAUGCUGGCUCGAUAGCAUGGAUUACAAGUUUAAUUCAUUUUGCUACUUGACUUUGGUUAUCUGUUUUCAUUUUCAGUGUGUGUUGAAUGUUCAUUAGACCCGUAAGCUAUGUCUGCGUGUUCACUGUUAGCAUUGUUUAUUUUGUCCUUGAUAGUGUGUCUUGUCCCUUCUGUUUUUUUUUUGCGUUUGUCCGUUGCCAUCG